CACAACGUGUUUGUUGGCAGCCUCACUCACCAUGGUGAGCGUGUCAGCUACGUGUGCGAGUUUGCCAGAUAACCCCAUGCAUGUUUUCCCCGGGCUCCCAUGCACCACGCAGGAGAGCCUGCAUCCUCGCGCCACCGUGUCUCCCACCGCUCCCUGCUAAAGAUGUCACGACCACAGCAGCGUCGAAUGGCCAUGACCCGUCCCAGUCCAUGGAUUGGCGCCGUUAUCGCGAGCGAGCCCGUGGCCAGCCCGUGGCUAGGCCAGCCCAGGCAUCCUCGAUUAUACUUCGCGAAAUCAUGAAGCCGUCUGUCCAUAACUCCUCGAGCUCAUCGGUUGGGCAGCGCAACGAUGCUCGCUAUAUCGGUUCAUUCUCAACGGAGCGUGUCGCGACAGCAUCCAGGAGAUACAACGGCACCGAUCCCCCAACCGCGAUACUGAGAAACAAGACCGUUGCCAACCGUGGCCUCUCGACCAUACUUUGCCAAGCACGUAGAUUCUUUCCCCAACCGUUCGCUCUCAUCGUUCGAGUCCCGCACUCCCGCUCCGUACGAACCUCCAUCCCGAGGAGACCGUCCUGGAGCCCGUGAAGAACAAAGUGCGAGACCCCCGACCGAUCACCCCCAUAGCGCGAGAAUUUUCGUAACCAACCGUGGUGUCCUCGUUCAUACCUCGACAAACAAUAACAAAGAAGCAUCUUCCCCAUCGGCGUCCGAGCCGACCGUUCGGUUACCGUACCCUCGCUCCCUUCAUCGCUCGAUUCUGAGAAACUGUGAUCGCGACCGUACCCGGAGAAGGAGCACGCUCCAACCUCGCCAUGCGCAUGGCGCGACCAUUACCGCUCAUCCGAGACCAAGCCGAUAUACCUCAACACCGAGCGUUUUGACUCCGAGCCCGUUCAAGCCCGGGGUUCCCCCGUAAGGUUCGCGUCGAGGCGGAAGCGAAAGACAGAAACAAGUGUUGGGAGUAAUGCAUCCACAGAUGAGGCAAAAGGAGGAAUAUAUACCCGAAGAGGUUUGGCUGGAUAGAAUCCACGCAAGGUCCAGGCAAGGAUAUUCCCGAAAGAGAAGGCGAUUCUCGGGGACGGUGAUGUUCGAAGAGGGGUUUACAUGGACCUAGGGUGGACAAAGACUGGGCUGGGAUGUCUCACAAUCUAGGAUUGGAUCCAUACCUCGCCUGGAGGGGCCAUUCAGUGAGGACUUUUGCCAACAAAAUACCUUCUGC